AAUCUUACUAAAAGGUUAAAAGAUAGUGAAUUUUACUUUCUUUUUUAUUUACUACAAAUGAGUGAAUAAUGGAUAGUCGUGAUAGAACGCUGUGGGUGGGAAAUCUGUCAGAAAAAAUAACAGAAGAAAUAUUGUACGAGUUAUUUCUACAGGCUGGACCUCUUGAAAAAGUAACAAUUCCUGUGAAAGAUGGGCGUCGACAGAGGUUUGCAUUUGUAACAUUUAAACAUGAAUGUUCAGUACCCUACACUAUGCAGCUGUUUGAUGGAUUGAGAGUAUGGGGAAAUACCUUGAGGCUGCAACACCGAACAGGGUCAUCAUCAAGUAUUCCUCAAAGCAGUCCUCAAGAGAGUGUUCCAAGUGGUUCUCACUUCAACCAGAUCCCUGUUAUGCAUACAUUGCAAAGAGCUCACACAUGGCACGGAGGAAGGGACCCUCAAGGUUUCCAGGGACAGGGCGGAAGGGAUUUCCACAGUCAUGGAAACAGAGAUUUCCAAAAUCAAGGAAGCAGAACUUUUCAAGGUCAUGGUAGUAGAGAUUUUCAAGGUCCCAGUAGUAGAGAUUUUCAAGGUCAUGGAAGUAGAGAUUUUUCAGGUCACGGAAGUAGAGAUUUUCAAGGUCAUGGAAGUAGAGAUUUUCAAGGUCAUGGAGGGUCACACAGUAGGGGCAGUGGGAGGCGAGAUGAUAGGCAUGGCCAAGAGCCACAGAGAAUGGAACAGAUUUCACUGCAAGGAAAUCACUUUUACACUAGCAACACUGCUCAAGAUGUGAAUCCAAGGGAUCGUGAUUAUUAUAGUGAAAAAAGAGACAGACUCAUGAGUAAGCAGAAAGCCAGUUUAGAAAUUCAACGUCACAGGCAUGAAAAAAGAAAUCGUGAUCACUCGAAGAGUCCGUAUGAUAGGGGUGGUCAUUCACAACCGUGGCAAGAAAGGCCAUAUAGACAGUAGCAGCGCCCAUUUAAUUCUGAGAUUGGAUAAGUGGCAUUUUGGCAGCAUUGUUAUACUAUAAUAGAUUUGUUUUUUUAAGAUGAUGUUUCUGUAGUACCAGGCUUCAAUGGUCUCUGUGACAAUGUAAAGGAUUUAUAUAUACAUUAUACCCUGUUUAGUUGUCUCUCUUAUGCAAGUCAUUCAAUUCAUAAAAUUGAAAAAUAAAAUUUGUAAUAUUUA